GGCGGGGGCGGGGGCGGGAGCGGGCUCCACCAGUCCGCCAGUCGGUCGCUCGGCUCCAGUGCGGAUGCUGGAGCAGCAACCAGAGAAGACGGAUUCAAACAACAACCGCACAAAAGAAGAAGCCAACGUGUGUGACUCGGACACGCGCGCGCAGGCGGGGCCCCCCUCUUAUGGAAUUGGCCUAUUUGCCCCCCCCACACCCCCAACCUCCCGCUUCCCCUUGUGUGGAUUGUGUGAAUGCUUUCUUUUUCUACAUCGCAAUCAGCUAGACGUCGGGGACAGCCAGAAGCACGUCCCUCCAAUGAAUGCGUAGCUGAGUCAUGCCCGCCAGAAGCGAAGGGUCGCAGGGGCGGCCCGCCGGCCCGUCUUUGCGCUCUCGCGCGUGGCGACCGCUCAUAUGCCUACCCGUGGUCCUGGUCCUGCUGCGGUCGCCCGCCGCCCUGUCGGCGACGCUGGAGUUGCAUCUGGACGAGGAGCAGCCGGCGGGCACCGUCGUCGGCGACAUCGGCGCCGGCUUGCCGCCCGGCGAGUCGGCCGGCCUCUACUUCAUCUCGGACCACGAAGGCACGGGCGCCGGCAGCGACCUGAACAUCGACGAGACCAGCGGGAUCAUCACCACGGCGCGCCGCCUGGACCGCGAGCGCAGAGACCGCUACAGCUUCAUCGCCGUCACCGUGACGGGCGUCACCAUCCAGGUGGCCGUCACCGUCAACGACAUCAACGACCACGCGCCGCGGUUCCCCAAAAGCCGGGCUCAUCUCAAGAUACCCGAGCACACGGCCGCCGGCACCCGCUUUCCCCUGGACCCGGCCGCCGACGCCGACGAGGACCUGUUCGCCACGCAGGGCUACUCCAUCCGGGAGGGAAACGUGGGCCAGGUCUUCCGUUUGGAAACCAAGAGGGCGUCCGAUAAGACGCUGAAUCUGGACCUGGUCGUCGGCGGGCCCUUGGACCGGGAGAAGCGUUCGGCUUACACUCUGGUCCUGGAGGCCUUUGACGGGGGCUCGCCCAGGAGGGUCGGUUCCAUGACUCUGGAGGUGGCCGUGACGGACAUCAACGACCACGCGCCGGUCUUCAACCAGAGCCGAUACCACGCCGUCAUUUCCGAGAGUCUUCCCCAGGGAAGCAGCGUCCUCCAGGUCUUCGCCACAGACCAGGACGAAGGUGACAACGGCCUGGUCCUCUACGAGAUCAACCGGCGGCAAAGCGAUCCCCAGCGCUACUUUGUGGUGGAUCUCAAGUCCGGCGUCAUCACGCUGAACAGACCGCUGGACUACGAGCUUAAGCGAGUGCACGAGCUGGUGGUCCAGGCCAGGGACAACGCCAGCCACCCGGAGGUGACCAACACUUUUGUCAGCAUUCACGUGCGCGACUACAACGACAACCAGCCCACCAUGACCAUCAUCUUCCUGAGCGAAGACGGCUCCCCGAAGAUCUCGGAGGGCGCCCAGCCGGGCCAGUACGUGGCCCGCAUCUCCGUCACCGACCCGGACUACGGCGAGUACGCCAACGUCAACGUGUCGCUGGAGGGCGGCGAGGGAAAGUUUGCUCUGGCCACCAAGGACAGCAUCAUCUACCUGAUCUACGUGGACCAGGCGCUGGACCGGGAGGAGCGCGACUCCUACGACCUGCGGGUGACGGCCACCGACUCGGGUACGCCCCCCCUGCGGGCCGAGUCCUCCUUCACCAUCCGGGUGACGGACGUCAACGACAACCCGCCCCUGUUCGACCGGCCGGCCUACCGACAGACCGUCCCCGAGGCGGUCCGCCCGGGAUCCUUCGUCCUCCAAGUCACCGCCCGGGACAAGGACCAGGGUCCCAACGGCGAAAUCCGCUACAGUCUCUUGACGGGCGAGCGCUCCCGCUCGGACCGCUUCUCCGUCGACGCGGUGACGGGGAUCAUCACCACGGCCGGCGAACUGGAUUUCGAGUCGGAGCCGUCGCCCAGCGUGACGGUGGUGGCGACGGACGGCGGGCGGCCGCCGCUGUCGUCCACGGCGCGGGUGGACGUGCUGCUGCAGGACGCCAACGAUAACGCGCCCGUCUUCUCCAGGAGCUUCUACAACGCCACCGUGGAGGAAAACUCCCCGCCCGGGACCUGCUUCCUACAGGUGUCCGCCACGGACGGCGACCGCGGUUCCUUCGGCGUGGUGUCCUAUGCGCUGGGCUCGGGCUCGGGCGGCGCGCCGUCCGCCCACUUCGGCAUCGACAAGGAGAGCGGGCAGCUGUGCACCGUCGCGGCGUUGGACCGCGAGGACGGCCCCGACGCCUUUGAGCUGACGGUCACCGCCACGGACGGGGGCGGCCUGAGCGCGGCGGUCGGCGUGAGGGUGUCCCUGGCCGACGUCAACGACAACCGGCCCGCCUUCUACCCGGCGCUGUACGCCGUCAGCCUGAGUGCGCACAGCGCCCCCGGAACCUCCGUGCUCAGGGUGACGGCCCGCGACCCCGACGCCGGGGAGAACGGGCGGGUGACCUACAGGGCGGCGUCCGGGGGCGCUUCCGCCUUUUUCACCCUCAACCAGGACACAGGCGUGAUCUCCCUUUCGCGCUCGCUCCACGGCAAAGCCAACUCGGUCAUCACCAUGGUGAUCUCGGCCCAGGACGGCGGCGGCCUGAGCGCUGCGCUGGACGCCAGGGUGAACGUGAGCGUGGUGGGGGGCUCGGCGGCCCCGCCCGUCUUCGAGCAGCCGCAGUACUACUUCAGCGUGUCGGAAGAUGUUCUGCGGGGCACGGCGGUGGGAACGGUCCGCGCCGCCGCCAAAACAGCUCACGCCAAAGACGUCUCCUACGCCAUCUCCGGCGGUGAUCCCGACGGCUACUUCACGGUGGACGGCGCCACGGGAACCAUCCGCACCGCCCUCCCCUUAGACCACGAAACCUGCCCGACGCUGGACCUGGAGAUCCGGGCGCGCUCGGGCUCCCCGCCGGCUUUCGGGACCAGUCGAGUGCGCGUUUCCGUCUCGGACGUGAACGACAACGCGCCCGCGUUUCUACCCUCCUCGUCCGAGUCCCUCCUCCUGCCCGAGGGGGCCGAGACGGGGACGGUCAUCUACCGCGUCCGGGCCUCGGACGAGGACUCCGGUCCUAACGGUCAUCUGAGCUUCCGCUUGCUGUCGGACGGGCUCGCGGGCGGCGGGCGGCGGACUUUCGGCGUGGACCGCAGCACCGGCGAGGUGCGUCUGAUCGGGGCGCUGUCCUAUGAAAGCGUCCCCCGCUACGACCUUCAGGUGGUGGCCCAAGACGGCGGAGUGCCUCAGCGGAGCUCCACCUUCACCCUGGUGGUUCACGUGCAGGCGCGGGACGCGCGGGGCCCCCGCUUCGACACCCUGACCUACCGCGUGGAGCUGCGAGAGAACGCGCCCGUCGACACGCGCUUCCUGCAGGUCCGAGCGCUGGACGGAGAGGCCCCCUCGUCCUCCGGCGUCUCCUACCGCCUGCGGCCCGACGGCGACGCGGCCGGCUUCGGCGUGGCGCCGGAUAGCGGCUGGCUUUUUGUGCGAAGCUCCCCGGACCGCGAGGUCAAGGACGUGUACCUGUUGACGGUGGCGGCCUGCGCCGCCCGGGGCGGGAGCGGCAGGACGGGAAGCGCCACGGUCAGGGUGACGGUGACGGACGAAAACGACAACUCGCCCGAGCUGAGCUGGGACAGGCUGUUCCUGGCGGUGCGGGAGAACCUGCCGGCGGGGACGGGCUUCGGCAGGAUCUCCGCGACGGACCGGGACGCCGGACCCAACGCCCGACUUGCCUACGGGCUGCUGCACCCCGACGGAGACUUUCAGAUCAACUCCCAGACAGGGGAAAUUAGCACUCGCCGGGCCCUGGACCGGGAGCGGCGCUCCAGCUUCCGCUUGGUGGUGGUGGUGCGGGACGGCGGCACGCCCCCCCGCAGCGCCACCGGCACCGCUCACGUCAGCGUGCUGGACGAAAACGACCACGCGCCCGCUUUCGCCCGUCCCGACGCGGAGCUCGUCUUUCAGGUGAACGAGGGGCUGCCCGCCGGCACCGUCGUAGGCGCCGUGUCCGCCAAGGACCCGGACGAAGGCGAAAACGGCACCAUCUACUACUCUUUGGCAGGCUCUCGAGUCGAGCGCUUCUCCCUGAACGCCGCCACGGGGGAGCUCCGAACCGCCGCCCCGCUGAGAUGGGCGGAUCGCGCCGAGUACACCCUGACCGUCACCGCCGCCGACCACGGGACGCCGAGCCUCAGCUCCACCUGCCGGCUGCGGAUACAAGUCCUGAGCUCCGCCGCAUCCACCCCGAAGCCCAGCGCGCUGUCCGCGGCGCUCCGAGUGGCGGAAGGAACCCCUCCGGGCUCAGUGGUGGGCUCGCUGAACCGAGGGCCCGACGCCGCCGCCGUCCCGGACGGCCGCGUCACCUACCUGCUGACGGACGGGGACGGGACCUUCGCGGUGGACCGCUUGAAGGGUGACGUGUACCUGCUGCACGAACUCGACUACGAGAAGGCUUCCGAGUACACGCUGCGCAUGGAGGUCUCCGACUUCUCCGGGGCCUUUCCCGCCAGCCAUCUGGUGGAACUGCGCAUUGAGGUGCAGGACGGCAAUGACCAUCGGCCGCGCUUCGCCGAAGAUCCCGUGACCGUCGUCGUCCCGGAGAACCUCCCGCCGGGAGCCUCCGUUUACACCUUCCGGGCCGUGGACGAGGAUGGCAGCCGUCCCAACAGCGAGCUGCGUUACUCCUUGGAGCCCCUGUGGCCCAACAAGGCCGACCUGCUCAAACUGGACCCCGUGAGCGGCGUCCUCACCUUGGGGGAGACGCUGGACCGCGAGACAACUCAGUCCCUCCACGCGGUGGUCCGGGCCACCGACCAAGCGGCGGACCCGGCGCAGAGGCGAUGCGCCUCGGUCACGGCGCAGGUGUUUAUCGCCGACCGCAACGACAACGCUCCCGUCUUCAGCUCGCCGGCGGCCGUCAGCGUGAUGGAGGAUCAGCCCGUCGGCUUUGUGAUCGUGCACGUGAUGGCCCGGGACGCGGACGAAGGGGAGAACGGCCGAGUGUCGUACAGAAUCCAGACGGGAAACGCCGCCGGUCGCUUUAGUCUCAACCCAAACACCGGCUCCCUAUCCAUCUUGAAAGCUCUGGACCGAGAGGAGCAGGAGGUCUUCAAUUUGACGGUGGUGGCGGAGGACGGCGGGACGCCUGCGCUCUCCACCUCGCAGGAUCUGCGCGUGCAAGUGAUGGACGUCAACGACGAGGCGCCGCUCUUCCAGAAGGCGGAGUUUGAGGCCCGAGUUCCGGAGAACCGAGGGCCCGGCACCACGGUGCUGACGGUGGUGGCCACCGACAGAGAUCAAGGCUCCAACGGGCGCGUCAUGUUCGGCGGGGUGACGGAGGAAGGCUUCGUCAUCGACCCGUCAACCGGCGUCAUCACCACCACCAAGGAACUGGACAAGGAGCUUCGGGAUCACUACCUUCUCACCGUGUACGCCCAGGACGGAGGUCUGCCCCCCAACUUUGCCACGGCAACGGUGCGGGUGGAGGUCGGGGACGUGAACGACAACGCUCCGGUCUUUGCCCAGCCGCGGUACAGCCUUGAAGCGCCCGAGAACCAGGACCCCGCGGAGCUGUGCGUCCUCAAGGCCGGCGACCCGGACUCGGGUGCCGGCGGGGAGCUGGAGUACAGGAUUACCGCCGGAGACCCGGACGGGGAUUUCCACCUCCACGCCGGCACGGGAGCCCUGUCCACCCGCCGGGCCCUGGACAGGGAGACCAAGGCCGAGUACACCCUGGAGGUGACGGCCACGGAUAGAGGGAGCCCGCCCCUCAGCGCCGCCGUCACGGUGGAGGUCCGAGUGCUGGACGUCAACGACAACGCCCCCGAUUUUGGCAGGAGCGCCUACAGUGCCGAGGUUUCGGAGGACGCCGUCGUGGGAUCGCCAGUCCUGACGGUGUCGGCGACGGACGCCGACGCCAACGGGAAACUCCUGUACUUCCUGAGCCCCGAGGCCGGCGGCGCGUUUGCGGUGGACGAGCACGCGGGCCGCAUCACCACGUCGGCCUCUCUGGACCGCGAGAGGCAAGCGUCGUACAGCUUCCGGGUGUUUGCCGCCGACCUUUCGCCGGCGUCGUCCAGGAACUCGUCCGCUCAGGUGACCAUCACCGUCGUGGACGUCAACGACAACGCGCCCAUCUUCAUCCAGGACCCGCUGGUCAUCGAGGUAUCGACCAGGAGGUCCCAGAGGGUUCUGGCCACCAUGAAGGCAGAGGACAAGGACUUUGGGGCCAACGGCUCCGUGUUUUAUCGCUUCGCCGCCCCCGCGAAGGGCUUCGGCAUCAACUCGCUGACCGGAGAGAUACGGGCCACGCAGCCUCUGGAAACCCUGUCCCAGGCCCAGAGGACCCUCGUCGUGGAGGCCAUGGACCAGGGCGACCCGGCCCAGUCCGCGCAGGGGGUGGUGGUGAUCUACGUCAAGGAGGUGGAGUACGACGGCAUUCGCUUCUCACGAAACGCCAGAGACGUCGGCGUACCGGAGAACGCGGCCAAAGGUACGGCCGUGGCCCAGGCUCAGGCCCAGUUUCCGGACGGAAACCGCAAAGGGAUCAGCUACAGCAUCUUCAGCGGAAACAGACAGCAGGCCUUCAGAAUCAGCUCGUCCACAGGUGAAAUCUGGGUGCAAAGCUCCAAGGGUCUGGACUUUGAGGAGGCGCCCAGGCUACGUCUGGUGGUGAAAGCUGAGAGCGUGUCGUCCGCCUGCUUCACCGCCGUCAACUUGAUGCUGCAGGACGUCAACGACAACCCACCUCGCUUCCAGCUGCAAAACUACGUGGCUUACAUGAUGGAGGCCCGCGGAUACGAAAUGCCCAUCAUCCAGGUCGUGGCCGACGACGUGGACCAGGGCCAGAACGGUCAGGUGACCUACUCCAUCCGCUCAUCGGCCAUGAGUGGAUUGUUCCAGAUCGAUCCGACGACGGGGAGCAUUAGCACCACGGCCAUCAUGGACCGCGAGAUCUUCACCCGGACCAAGCUGGUGAUCACCGCAACCGAUCGAGGAAGCCCGAGACUGGCGGGCUCGGCGACGCUGACCGUGAUCGUCGUGGACCAGAAUGACAACAGUCCCACUAUUCCCUUGCCGCAAGAAGUCCGCAUCUCCGAGGACACGCUGGUCGGUACCGAGAUCACCGUGGUGACGGGGAACGACGUGGACUCCGGUCCCGCUCUGGCCUACUCGUUGCACUUGGACCCGAGUGCCACGGGCAAGUUCGGGAUCCAGCGCUACACCGGAGGCCUUUCGCUUACCUCCCCGCUGGACUUUGAGGAGAAGACGUGGUACACGCUCACCGUCAGAGCCACCGACGGCCAGCACCGCGCCGAGGCCAACGUCACCGUCCUGGUGGAGGACGUCAACGACAACGUACCGGUUUUCGGCCGGGACCUCUACCGGGUGACCCUGGCCGAGCAUGCGCCGGCCGGCGGCGUGGUCGUCACGGUAACGGCGACCGACGGGGACGCCGGAGAGAGCGGAAGGAUCACCUACAGCGUGGCGUCGUCCACUCGGGAGGGCUUCCGCAUCGAUCCCAACAACGGAUCUUUGUUCAUCAACCACCGAGCCGAGUUUGACCCCGAGCGCCCUUGCGUCAUCGUUGUGGUGGAGGCUCGCGACGGGGGCUCGCCGGCACAUUCCGCCCUGGCCACGGUGCAGGUUGAAAUCGUGGACGUCAACGACAAUGCGCCCGUCUUCCACCAAUCGGAGUACAGGGCGCUGGUUCCGGAGGACAGCGUCCCCGGCGUGACAGUUUUGACCUUCGAGGCCUUUGACGGCGACCUCUCCCGGGAAAACCGCGGCUUCGACUUUGCUCUGGCCAGCGGCAACGAGGGCAACGCCUUCCAGAUGGAGAGCGGCGUGCGCUUCGUAGAGGGCCGCGGAUUCCAAACCGUGGGAACGCUGCUCUUGGCCCAGGGUCUGGAUUUCGAAGCCAAAGCGCUGUACAACCUGACGGUGGUGGCGUCGGACCGCGGCGCGCCCCGCAGGAGCUCCAGCGUCGCCGCCGUCAUCGCCGUCGGCGACGUGAACGACAAUCGGCCCGUUUUCGGCAGGGCGGAAUACGCGGUGGCCUUGAGCGAAGGGGCCGUUGCCGGGACGGAGAUCGUCAGAGUGACCGCCACAGAUGCGGACUCGACGCCCAACGCGCAGGUCCAGUACGCGAUAAGCUCCGGGAACGAGGUUAAUCUCUUCGUCGUGGACCGGUGGACCGGAGCCUUGCGACUUCAGCGGGCAUUGGAUCGCGAGGACCAGUCCACCCACACGGUCGUCGUCCGGGCCUCGGACGGCCGAGGGCAUUUGACUCUGGUUCCCGUGGUCGUGGAGGUCAACGACGUGAACGACAAUCAUCCUUUCUUCCCGGUGGACGUCCUGACGGCGAGCAUCAGAGAGAACCGGCCGGCCCGUUCGCCCGUGACGGUCCUCCGGGCGAUCGACCGCGACGCGGGAGUCUUUGGCCAGCUGAGGUACCUGAUGGCGCCGCACUCGCCGGCGGCAAAGGACUUUUCCGUGGAUCCCGCCACCGGAGAGAUCAGGAGCAGGAACCCCUUUGACUUUGAGAAAAUCAAUUCGUUCGACUUUGUCGCACUGGCGGUUGAUGCGGGGAACCGCUCCGCCGCCGUGACGGUGCAGGUGUUCGUCACGGGCGAGGACGAGUACGACCCGCUUUUCGCCUCCUCCCAUUUCUCCUUUGAGGUCCCGGAGGAGGCUCGCAAAGGUCAGAGCAUCGGCCAAGUCCGGGCCCGAGACGAGGACGGGGGCGUGGACGGCGUCGUCCUCUACUCCUUCCCGACCAGCUCUCCUUACUUUGACGUCAACAGAACCACCGGGGUGAUUUUCCUCAAGCUGGACAGCUCAAGGAGCGGCGGCGGCGGCGACGGCGGGUCGGGUCGAGCCCAAAGAGAAACUCGGCUGAUGACGCUGGACGUGAGAGCUCACGGCCCUCUGGACACGUCUCGCCACGCCACUGCGCGCGUCUCCAUCGACGUCACCAACACGGGCUUCGGCUUGGCCCCCGACGUUAACGUCUUGCUGGCGAUCGUCAUCGCCGUGUCGCUGGGCGUGACCGUUGUGCUCGCGAUCACGGCGGCGCUGGUGUUUCUGGUCAAGUCGCGCAGGAGGAAGAAAGCCCAGGAUGCGGCAAACGGGAACGCGGCCUCGGGAACCGCUCUGAAGAAUUUAGACGAUUGCGGCUCGGGACAAGGAGGGGAAAGAAUCUACCGCCGGGCCUUGCCAGGCUAUGUCGGAGACCAGGCGGGAGGCGGCGGCGGCGGGAGUCCGCCGUAUACCAGAGGAGGGUCUCUAGAUCCGUCCCACUCCAGCGGGCGAGGAUCCGCCGAGGCGGCGGCGGAGGACGACGAAAUCAGGAUGAUCAACGAGUACCCCCGCGUGGCCUCCGUCAGCUCGUCCAUGCAGGAGCACAUCUCGGCCAGGGGGCCGGACUCGGGGAUCCAGCAAGACGCCGACCGGCUCUCGGACGUCUCCUGCGAGCCGGCGGCUUUGGAGGGGAGCGCUUGGCUCAAGGGCAAAAAAACGGGCGGGGGUCUGAGCGGGACUUUGCUCUCCGGCCCGCUGCCGGUGUACGGGGAUGAGGGAGGCGGCUACCUGGGGGCGGGCCGGGGACUGAAUAUUUCCCUCCCCAAGGAUUACGCCUUCCCCGAGGACGGCAAGCCGUCCGUGGACGGUUCUCUCACGGCCAUCGUGGCCAGCGACGAGGAACUCCGCGGAAGCUACAACUGGGACUACCUGCUGGACUGGUGCCCUCGCUUCCAGCCGCUGGCCAACGUCUUCACGGAGAUCGCCAGACUGAAAGACGAGACGGCCAGGCAGAGCCCCGACCCCCGCCAGCCUUUCCAGCCCAAGCUCAAAACGGAUCCCAAACCCCGAAUCGACCCGCCGCCGCUCAUCACGUCGGUCGCCCACCCGGGGGCCAUGUCCGUGCCGCCCAAAGUCCCGGCGAUGGGACGGACGUUCCCCCACUUGGUGUCCCUGCGCCGCUCCCCCAUCAGCCACGAGGGGUCCAUUUCGUCGGCGGCCAUGUCGCCCAGCUUUUCGCCGUCCCUUUCGCCGCUGGCGACGCGCUCGCCCGCCGUCUCCCCUUUCGCCGUCAACCAGGCGCCCUCGGCAUCCGUGAUCAGCGCCCGCGAGCCCUCGUUGGACCGGAGUCCCGAUCGCGAGAUGAGACUAUGAGGGUCGCGGAAAAACCGAUCGCAUUCUUUUGCGCUUUUUACACCGCCGCCGUGGUCUGACACUCACUGUGCCGACGAGGCCGCCUCCUGCGGCGGGGGUUCUUCGACUUUUUGGGCCUAGGGACCCCUUCCACGUAAGAAAUCUUUCCAGACACUCCAGUCCUACCGCUCGUGGCAAACGAAUAGCCAGAAAUGCCAUGGGGGUUGCUUUUAUUGCUUGCGUCGAUCCCCAAAUGGAGGUAUGCACUUUUUUGAAACGGACUAAUUUAUUGUCCCCGCCCCCCAGUUUGAGAACCGCCGGUCGACAGGGCCACCCGCUGUCGUUUUGGUGGUGACUUGUGGCGUUGUGGUUGGUUUCCGCGUUCCCUCGCUGGCUGGCCAGAGAGCACCUUGUUUCCGUCCUUUUGCCUUUCAGCGAUAAAAUCAUUAGGGGGGGGGGCGGAUUGUUUUGAUGUGCCAGUGUGGGACAGAUUUUUUUUUUU